UCGAUCCUCCAAGCAGCGGUCCUCCCAAAGCUACAACUCAAGCGAGUGGCGAUGGCCCCGGCGAACGCUCAGAAAUUGGGGAAAAUGAAUUUCAAGAACGUGAGGAUUCCAAAUGUUCCGGGUGGUGGUGCGGCUUCUGCUUUGAUCAAGUUUGGAGCAAUUGCUGGGCUUGGCAUAUACGGAGCUGCUAACAGUCUCUACAAUGUUGAUGGAGGAAAUCGAGCUAUUGUCUUCAACCGUAUUAUUGGCGUCAAAGAUAAG